AGGCUUGGGUGAAGCGCUACCGGCGGCAGCUGGUGAGGUCCAUCUCGCCACAGUUCCUGGAGGAGAUCAUCUGCCACCUGCAGGAGCUGGACCUCCUCACGGCAGAGGAGGCCGGCCGGGCGCAGGGGGCGAGCUCCCUGCCCGAGCAGGUGAGGGUGGUGGUGGACGUCCUGGCUGGCAAGGGCACCUACGCCUCCCAGUGCCUGCAGAGCUUCAUCGAGACCACCAACUCCCAGCUCUGUUUCAUUUCUCUCUGUGCAGAACCCAUGGUGCAGAAGCACCUGGAGAGCCUCCAGAGCUGCUACGGGAAGGGGCUGGAGACGGGCGCCCCGCAGCGACUCAGGAACCUGCUGCUGGUGGAAGGCUUGACCGACAUCCAGCAGAAGGAGCACGACAUCCUGCAGAUUGAAGCCACCAAAGGCCUACGGAAUGCCUCCAAGACCAUCCCUCUGGAGAAGCUCUUCCUGCCUCUCUCCAAGGUCAGCAUCCCACCUCGGAUCUCCGUCACCGUCGGGGUGGCCGGCAUUGGCAAGAGUACGCUGGUGAAGCUGUUUGUCUACACCUGGGCCAAGGGGGAGAUCAACAGGGACAUCCUCUUUGUGCUGCCCUUCACCUUCCGGGAGCUCAACACCUACGAGAAGCUCUCUGCUGAGAGGCUCAUCUGCUCAGCCUUCCCUCACAUCACCGAGCCCAACUGCAUUUUCAGGACCCGGCUUAUCCUCGACGGCCUCGACGAGUUCAAGACCCCCUUGGAUUUUUCCAACACGGUCGUGUGCACCGAUCCCAAAAAGGAGAUCCAAGUGGACAACCUGAUCACCAAUAUCAUCCGUGGGAACCUGCUGCAGGAGGCUUCUGUCUGGGUGACGGCGCGGCCGACGGCGGCCGGCCAAAUCCCCGGGGGGCUCGUGGACCGCAUGACGGAGAUACGAGGGUUUGGAGCUGCCGAGAUGAAGGACUUCUUGGACCAGAUGUUCCUGGACAACAGAGACCUGUCUGGCCAAGUCCUGCGUCACAUCAGGGCUAACAGGUGGCUGCACGUCCUGUGCUCCGUUCCUGGCUUCUGCUGGAUUUCCGCCUCCUCCAUCGGUUAUUACCUAAAAUCCAGCGCCGAGCAACCCCGGGAGGCACCCCCUGGCCCCAGGACCCUCUCCGAAAUCUACUCCUAUUACUUUAAAAUGGCCCUGAGCGGCGACAGGCCAAGGGAAGGACUCAGGAUCGAGCAGGCCAUCAACACCAGCAAGAAGAUCGUGGGCAGCCUGGGCAGACUGGCCUUCUACGGGCUGCUCAAGAAGAAAUACGUGUUCUACGAGCAGGACAUGAAGACUCACGGCGUCGACCCCUCCUCCCUGCAGAGCAGCUUGGGCGGGCGCCUCCUGCUCAAAGAAGAGCUGCAGUCCUCCACGGCCUACUACUUCUCCCACCUCACCCUGCAGGAGUUCCUGGCAGCCCUUUACUAUUACACCGCGGCGAGGAGGGCGCUGUUCGACCUCUUCACGGAGAGCGGGAUGUCCUGGCCCAAGUUGGGGUUCCUCAACCACUUCAGGAGCGCCGUCCAGAGGUCUCUGCAGGCAGAGGACAGGCAUCUGGACGUCUUCGUGCGUUUUCUCUCCGGGCUCCUCUCCCCGCAGGUGAACAAGGUGCUGUCUGGGUGGCUGCUGGCGAAGGACGAGCACAGCAGCUUCAGGAGCCAAGCCAUCGGCUUCCUCCAGGGCUGCCUGAACACCAACUACGUCAUCUCCUCGCGGGCGGUGAACACCAUGCACUGCUUGUCUGAAAUCCAGCACACGGAGGUCGCCAAGACGGUGGAGGAGGCGCUGAAGAACGAGAGCUUGGCCGGGAUGCUCAGCCCUGUGAACUGCUCUGCCCUGGCUUACCUCCUGCAGGUCUCCGACGUGUGCGUCCAGGAGACCAACCUCUCCAACUGCCUCACCUACAACGUCUGCAAGAGCCUGCUCUCCCAGCUCCUCUUCUGCCACAACCUCAGGCUGGACAAUAACCAGUUUAAGGACAACGUGAUGGAGCUGCUGGGCAGUGUGCUGAGCGUGAAGGACUGCCAGAUCCAGAAGCUCAGCUUGGCAGAAAAUCAGAUCAGCAACAAGGGAACCAAAGCGCUGGCCAGGUCGCUGCUGGUGAACAGGAGCCUGAUGGUGCUGGACCUGAGGAGCAACUCCAUCGGCCCCAGCGGAGCAAAAGCACUGGCUGAUGCACUGAAAAAAAACCAAGUCCUGCUCUCCCUGAACCUGCAGCACAACACCAUCAAGGAGGACGGCGCUGUCUUCCUGGCCGAGGCUUUGCUGACCAACCACACGCUGACGACCCUCCA